GGGGAAAGUUCGCUGUCAGUGAGAAGCAAUUAAACAGUUGUUUGAACUCCGAGAUCGGAUUUGCUAAACUCCGGCCAACGGAGCCGAUCGGGUUCGUAAUCGCGAACUGGUAAAAGCGCUGAAUUAGAUUAAACCGACCGCAGCUACAUAUGGAUUUGCCGGAGCUUUGGGCAAUCUUCGGGCCAGGCGUCGCCGGCGCUGUGUUCGGCGCCGGCUGGUGGUUCUGGGUUGACGCCGUCGUCUGCAGUACCGUUGCCGUCUCAUUCCUUCACUACCUUCCAGGUAUAUUUGCUUCUUUGGCUGCUUUGAUGUUCAAUUGCGUUAAGAAGGAUGACAUUGAUUACUCUCCCUACGAAGAAGGCGAGUGGAGGUUGAAGCUCUGGCUGUUCAUCGCUUAUGUUGUGUCCUUUGUAUCGCUGGCCGCAUCUGUGGGUUUGCUAAUACAGGAUUCACUUGUGACUACCGGCCCUUCGGUGUGGACAGGAACUGCCGGUGUAUUGCAAGCUGUUUUCGUGUUGGUCAGUGGGCUUAUAUAUUGGACUUCUCACCCGGAGUAAGUAGGGACUAUGACAAGUAGUUUUCCAUGGGAAUCUGAAUUUCACAAGGGAGGGAAUAGCAUGGUUUCAUGUAUCAUUUUACUUCCUUCAAUCAAUUGGACAAAGAACAAAUGUACCGCAAAUAGGGUUCAAUUUCAAAUUUAAUAGAUGGUAUAAAAGGUAUUUUUCAGUUUUUGUAUAUGUAUAUUGUGGAAAUCGUGCUAUCUUUCUGAAUUUGCGAAACUGAGCCAAUGCCUUAUUAAAAAGUGAUUUUUUUUAUGUUUAAUUCCACUGAAUAACUGUUUUGCU